GAUAAGAACAAAUCAUAUAUUUAAUGAAUAUGCACACCACGUUACCAUAUAAGUAUAAUGCUUUCCAUAUAUGCACGUGUCUUGGAGUACGUAUACAUAUAUUCAUAUAAAAACCAUGCAGAUGAAGCUUUUUCCCCCAAAUAAGAAUUAACUCUUAACCAAGUACUAUUAUAACUGCAUGUCUAUACUAUACCACAUAUCUUUCUAAUCUCUCUUCUCAAUUAAUUAUUUUCUCAACCAAGUAUUAAGUAAGCCAAGUAGUUCCUCUCUGUUGUCUGAUCAUAUAAUGAUACUUUAAUUAAUAUAUAAUUUCCUUUUCUAACAUAUAUUCCUCCUAGCUAUAUACGUAUAUGAUCACUUGAUCGAACUGACUAAUAUAUAUUCAUAAAUAAAUAAACAAAUUAAAAGAGAAAAAGGUAGAAGAAUGAAAAUACCAGUCGGUAGUAAUGAUCAUGAUCAUGAUGAUCGUGAUUAUAAGAAGAAAGGAGUAUUAUUAGAUCAAAUAAGAGAAAAUAACAAUAGUGAUGAAGAUGAUGAUGAUAGGAAUAGGAUGAUGAUGAGGAUAAAUAUGGAGGGCGGGCAACAAGUAGUAUUAGAAAGGAUGAUCCACCCAGUGAUUUUACCACCAUUCUUUUCAAGUGGUGAGAAACUUAAGCACAAAUUGUUUGAGAUAUUCUUCCCGGAUGAUCCUCUUUUCAGUUUCAAAAACCUUACAGUUCGGGAGAAACUGUACAGAGCUAUUCGGAGCUUCUUCUAUAUCUUACAAUGGUUGCCUAAUUACAAUUUCAUCCUCUUUAGAUCUGAUCUCAUUGCUGGCAUCACCCUUUCUAGUUUGGCCAUCCCACAGGGUAUUAACUAUGCUAAACUAGCGAAAUUGCCUCCAAUAGUUGGGCUAUAUUCAAGCUUUGUGCCACCGGUGAUAUAUUCGAUUCUAGGGAGUUCAAGACAUUUAGCGGUAGGACCAACGUCGACGGCAACAUUGGUGAUGGGGACAAUGAUUAGCCAAAUGGUUAGUGAACCACAUCUCCAUCUCAGACUUGCAUUCACAGCUACCUUUUUUGCUGGCUUGUUUCAAGCUUCUUUCGGCCUUUUUAGGUUAGGCUUCAUUCUUGAUUUUCUAUCAAAGGCAACGCUGAUUGGAUUUAUGGCUGGAGUAGCCAUCCUUGUGUCACUCCAGCAGCUUCAAGGAUUGCUUGGGUUAACUCGCUCCACUAAUGAGAUGCAACUACUUCCUGUAAUCUCCACUCUCUUCAAAUAUAGAAAUGAGUGGUCUGGCCAAAUCAUCAUAAUGGGUUUCUGUUUCCUGACAUUUCUACUAGGAGCAAAACGAAUUAGCUCAAAAUGGCCAAAGUUCUUCUGGGUUUCAGCAGCUGCACCAUUGGCUUCUGUUGUUUUUUCAACUCUCGUGGCAUUUAUCCUCCAAACGAAAUUCAAACAUGUUCCUAAGAUUGGUAAGCUUCCAAAUGGUAUCAACCCUCCUUCAGCAAACUUAUUGUACUUCAAAAUUGAUCCAUACAUGGGUCGUGCUAUCGAAAUAGGCAUUUUAGCCGGCAUAUUAUCUCUUGCAGAAGGAAUUGCAGUUGGAAGAACAUUUGCUUCAUUGCAAAACUAUCAAAUUGAUGGGAAUAGAGAAAUGUUGGCACUUGGGCUUAUGAAUAUAGCUGGUGCUUGCUGUUCAUGCUUUGUAACAACAGGUUCAUUCUCGCGGUCUGCGGUAAAUUACGAUGUAGGAGGAAGAACACAACUCUCAAAUACUAUGACAGGAAUAGUUGUGCUUGUGACUAUGCUAUUUCUCAUGCAACUAUUUAUUCACACACCAGAUGUGACAUUAGCUGCAAUUAUCAUAACGGCUGUUGUUGGACUGAUCGAUGUUAAGGCUAUGGUCAAUCUUUGGAGGCUUGACAAGCUUGAUUUCUUGGCUUGUUCUUGUUCAUUUUUUGGUGUUCUAUUCGUCUCUGUACAGACUGGCCUUCUUGUUGCUAUUGGAGCUUCAGUGUUCAAGGUAAUUUUACACUUGGCAAGGCCAAACACUAUAGUUUUGGGAAACAUACCAGGAACUCAAAUCUACAACAGUCUUUAUCGUUACACAGAUACCAAAAGAGUUCCUUCCUUCCUCAUUUUGGGAAUUGAAUCUCCCAUCUACUUUCUUAACUCAACUUACCUCCAAGAGAGGAUAUUAAGAUGGAUUCGAGAUGAAGAAGAAAGGAUUCUAAGAGACAAUGAGUUACCUUUGAAAUGUUUAAUCAUUGAUAUGACUGCUGUAACAGAUAUAGAUACCAAUGGUCUUGAACUUGUAUCAGAACUUAAAAUGACUCUAGCCAAAAAAUCUCUCCAGAUGGUUUUGGUGAACCCUGCGGCAAGUGUAAUGGAGAAGCUCCACUGUUCAAAGAUAAUGGAUUCAUUUGGAUCCAAGGGACUAUAUUUGACGGUAGAAGAAGCUGUGAGUGACAUAUCAUCAUCAUGGGAAGCAUUACCAUAAUCGAGAUGUGAAGUGGAUCGUAAUUAAUACUACCCUCUCACAAACAAGUACGUGGGAAUGGAAUUCUGCUUAAUGACAUGAGUUUCAGCAGAGUACCUAAAAAACGACUGAGACAAUAUGGAAAGAGAAUCUGUGCACAUAUGUAUACUUACUCACAAUUCACAAACACACUCAUUUACAGGCUUACAGCUACAGGUUAGAAAAUGGUAGAUAUAUUUGUAUGGAUCAAUCAAACAACAUUGUAUGCGUACUGCCCGUCUAUGAAUGAAAAGCAGAGAAAAACAGAGUCGCUCGUUAAUAAACAGCGCACAAACUGUUUUUGCAUAAUUUUUUGAUUCAAAUUGCUGUUAUGACAUAUUAUAUGUUGAGUUCAUUUUUGUUAAUAACACAUUAGCAUAGCAUCAUAACACUGACGUUAAAACAGAAGAUAACAAAGCUGAGCUUACUACUACUAAGACAACAAUAUUAGAUACUUCAUUUCAGCUUUUGUAUUAGUAGACCACAUAAAAAACAAAAAAAAACUUUCUAGUACUGAUACUAAUGUUAGCUUCAGCUGCACUAGUUCUUGCCACCAACAAAGCCUCCACCGCCUCCACCACCUCCAAAACCGCCACCAACACCUCCACCUCCACCGGUGCCUCCUCCAAAGCCGCCACCAACACCUCCACCGAAGCCACCGCCGCCACCAAAACCUCCCCCACCACCAAUCCCUUUCCCCAUUCCUCCACCAAAUCCAAUGCCACCCCCUUCGCCAGAACUACCCCCAAGCCCACCACCAAUCCCUCCUCCGGAACUACUGCUGCCUUUGCCAAUUCCUCCACCAAAUCCACCUCUAAUACCUCGGCCACCGCCCUUACCACCCACCCCUGCACCACCUCCCACUCCUUUGCCGACGCCUCCUCCUAGUCCACCACCAGCUUGAUGAUUCUUGUCAUCAUUUUUCUUAUGCGGCUUCCCCCCACCGCCAAUGCCACCACCUAACCCACCCCCACUGCCAAAGCCACCAAAGCCGCCUCCGCUGCCAAUGCCACCUGCUACACCACUGCCUUUCCCAAAACAACCAGGCUUUCCUAAACCAAACCCAGGUUUGGAUCCAAAACCAAAAUUGGACCCGUAACCUUUGCCAAAACUAAUAGAAUGCCCAAACCCCAAUCCUUUGCCGCCACCCCAGCUCGGAAAACCAUCGAAAAACCACUCUGGCUUCUUCACUUCCCCAGGGCCAGAGCCACGGCCCUUCUUUUCCUCCAGCCUCCUUCCUUCAACACCAAUAUCCCAAGCUAAUAUAACCAAUACAUAGACAACCCAUAAAACCACCAACUUCCCCAUCCCCGCCAUUAUUUUGCAUGAAAUAUAUUUCUGAAGCUU